GCGAAGGUGGGCGUGUCCUCGGAGGAGCCGUUCUCCGUCACUCCCGGAGCGGGCUGCAGUAGACUGGAGGGAGCUGUACCGGGGAGGCCGGGGCUGACCUUCCCUCCUCCUCUGCCCUCACCUUACGGACGCUCGGUGGCACCACGUCCGGCAUUUGGCAGGUUCUGCCAUAGAGGUAAUCCUUCUGUCAAUGUGAACAGAGAGCACAUCUUCAUGUGUGUCCACCUAGUAAGAUGUAUCUCUUCAGUCAUGCCUGAGGAAUAAGAAGUCUCUCGAAGACUAAAUGUCGGCAAUGAUAAAUGAUCUUCCUGGAAUUGAAGUGUUUUAACAGAUUCCUAAAAUGAAGAUCCCUUCCACCUUCUAAAGCAACAUCCUACCAAAAAAAUGCUUCAUAUUCUAGGGAUGCCAACAACCUAGAUUCAUGCGCCCUAUCUGUACAGCUGUGGAUGGUUUACCAUCAGAAGGCACCCUAAGCUCCCUUCCUGGUCUGGUUUCUGUCUUUGAAAUGUCGAUGCUUCGUGCUUUAGACCCGGUCCAGACUUGGCUGGGGCAAGAGCUGGAGAAAUGUGGUAUCGAUGCCAUGAUAUACACUAGAUAUGUCUUAAGUCUCCUGCUACAUGACAGCUAUGACUACGACCUUCAAGAACAGGAAAAUGACAUCUUUGCGGGCUGGGAAAAGGGAGCUUGCAAGAAGUGGGGGAAAGGCAAGAAAAAGAGUUCAGAUCUCUCCAUGGAGGAAAUGAAGAAACAGGCUGCAGUGCAAUGUCUGCUUUCAGCUUCUGAUGAAAGUUCUGGAAUUGAAACUUUAGUGGAAGAGCUCUGCUCCAAACUGAAGGAUCUCCAGAGUAGCCAAGGUGACCAGCUGCCCACAAGUAAAGAAGACAGAAGUAACAAGAAAGUAGAUGGAUCGCUGUCACCGGAAGCUACUACAUCUCCAGCAAGAAAGGAUCAGGCAGAAAUGUAUUAUGAAGCUUUUCCACCACUUUCAGAGAAGCCAAUUUGCCUGCAAGAAAUAAUGACCGUAUGGAACAAGUCAAAAAUCUGCUCUUAUUCUAGCUCCUCCUCAUCUUCCACUGCCCCACAAACAAGCACCGAAACUCCAUCACCAAAGAAUUGCCACAGUGAGAGCGAAGCAGUAAUGACCAACAAGAACAACGGAGCUUCUAACACUGUACAGGGAAAGAACCAACAGAGGAAAGGCAAGACCGAGAAAGAUAAGUUUAGUAAUGGCGCAGCUGACGAGAAAACAAAUAUUUUGAGAAGUGUGAGGCACAAGUCAAACGGAAAGAUCCGCCCUCGAUCCUGUUCCUCUGGCUCAAGCGAAGCAGGCUCAAGUUCAAGUGGUAAUCAGGGCGAAACAAAAACGAGGUUCAUCAAAGUAAGGCAUAAAGUUAGGGAGGUCCGGAACAAAAAGGGCAAAACUGGUCCUAAGGUUCCACCAAAGAACGGCGAGAGAAAAAAUGUGGCGGUAGGCAGCGGAGCUAGAUCUGUGAAGCCGCUCUGCAAGAGAGUAAAGCGUCACGUCAAAGAUUAUGCGUAUAAAGAAAAGUAUAAGGAAGCAGAUGAUGUCCUGAAAGAGACAAGAAACAAGACUGAAUUCAGAGAGGAGCCAUUGUGGUAUACAGAGCCGAUCACAGAGUACUUUAUUCCUCUGAACAGUAAAAGUAAAUUGGAAACCACGUAUAGAAAAAAUCCCAAAUGGUAUGAUGCUUCAGAAGAGAUAGAAGAGUUGUCAGAGUUUGUAAAAGAUCUUCAUCUGAAUAACCACAAUAUCCACGAAACAUACCUCGCAGCGGGUACCUUCAUCGAGGGGCACUUUGUAGAAAUGCCUACAGUCGUAACCGAGACAAGCGAUCACACAGGGACCUCAAUCUGUUCUCUCCUAGAGGACAAUUAUUUGGAUGAUGUUCAUCCUGCUGAACUUGCGCACUUCUAUGAAGUCAAAAUUGAUCAAUCCAUGUUGGAUCCAGGUGCCUCAGAGAAAACAAAAGGAGAGAGUCGUAUCUUGAAUAUGAUUCGACAAAAAAGCAAAAUAAGAAGUGAUACGGAGGCUAAAUCUUGCAAAGUGUUAGACGAUAGGGAGUUGCAAGGGGAGAGUGCAAUAUGGACAGAAUUGACCAGUUCUAUUGGUGCUGAAGGCUUGUUCUUGCAAGAUCAUAGUAAACUAGCUCAAUUUUGGGAGUCCUGUUCACCUUCAAGUUCAGCUGAUGCAGACGGGGAGAGUUUGGGAGGGGACUCCCCGAGUACAUUCUCCCCUUUUUUUGACAGCACAAAGCUCAAUACACACAUGCACGCUGGCAAUCAAGAUUUAUUUUUGGACGGAAAGAACUCUUAUUUUUCAGUGUUUGAAGUGCAAUGCAGUAAUUCCGUGUUCUCGUUGCCCAGGGAGAGGGUGUUCAAUGAGAAAGUUAAAGCCGAGUCUUCUUCCAGCAUGAAUGGGUUUGGAAAAACUCAGUCGCGAUUACUAAUAUGGACCAAAAACAGUGCCUUUGACGAAAACGAACAGUGUUCGAAUCUUUCGACGAGAACAUGCAGUCCAUGGUCGCAUUCGGACGGAACCCGAUCAGAUACGGAGGCUCUCGGCAAUCACCUCGAAGAUUACACUCAGUUGAACACAGAAGAUGCAACUUACAUUAUUCCCACAGUUACUUCAAGGUUUCAAGAUGAAAUCUCUGUUAUAAAAUCACAAAGCUCGUUCCUAAAGAACAGUGCUGUAGUCGACGAGCCUGUACUGGUAUUGGGCAAGAAAUCGAAGUUAGAGUCACUCUGCGGCAUUCAGCUAGAACACGAAAAUGAAGUAAUGUCUGACACUACAGAGGUUGAUCCUGAAAGCAGCAUUCAUACACAUGGAUACAGCUCAGGAGGCAUCAAAGACUUGUGGACAAAUGUCGAAGAAGAUCAGCUGUUUCCUCUCGAUGUAAAUACAUUUAGCUGUCCUGAUGUGAACGAUACAGAAGAAGCGAACUUUCAAGAGCCCAGCAAGGCUGUUCAAAGAUCAGAGUACCAUCUUUGGGAAAGUCAAAGGAACCCUGUAGAAAAGCUGGGGUUUCUGGCCUGUGAGUCAUCGAAGGUGGAUGGCGGAGACUAUAUGACUCCCUCAAAACCCUGGGAUAUAAACCAUGUGAAAGAGAAUUCGUUCAUUCUUGGAGGAGUUUAUGGAGAGUUUGGAAACUUUAAUGGUGAGGAUGAAUGGGCAGUGGUGCCACAGAGUCCAGCAAAAGCAAGCUUACUGGACUGCACUGCCUCGGAUGUUGUUACAAUAGCCGGUACUGAUGUGUUCAUGACGCCAGGGAAUAGCACUGCUCCUGGACAUCGCCAGCUAUGGAGACCGUUUGUUUCUUUUGAAGAAAAUGAGCAAAAUGGAGAUCAAGGCUCAAGCAAGGGUUUUUCUUUUAUAUUGCAUGAGAAUCUGCUUGGUACAUGUGAUAAUUUUCCAGAGGAGCCGGGCAUGGGCUACUCAUUCUCUUCUUUUGAAUUAAACAAUAGAUUUUCUCAAGUUCUUCAUGUUGAAUGUUCCUUUGAACCUGGAAAUCUAGUUGGUAGUCCUAGUUUUAAACCGAAAGCUUUGUGCUCAGAUUCAGAGGGCGAUAUUGGCCAUCCAAGGAUUUGUGGCGUGGACCGAACACAGUAUAGAUCAAUAAGAAUUUCUCCCCGUACUCACUUCCGCCCAAUAUCUGCAUCCGAGCUGUCUCCGGGUGUAGGGAGCGAGUCUGACUGUGAAUCGGAAAAAGACGAGCUGGCCGUACCCACUCUUUCCGAAGGUGAGGUGUUUGAAGAUCCACAGGAUGAUCUAAAACCUCUGGAAGAAGAUGCUGAAAAGGAAAGUAAUUUUUAUGGAAAGUCUGAGCUCGAAUCUGGAAAGUUUCUCCCUCGGCUGCAGAAGUCGGGCAUGGAGAAAAGUGCACAGACUUCUUUGGAUAGUCAAGAAGAAUCCUGUGCCGUAUUGCCUCAGGAGAAACGGGAUCGCUUAGACUUUAGGAUUAUUGAAUCGUUUGAAAGUGACGUGAUGGACAACUCUAAACAGAGCUGCGAAAUGUCUGAGGUGAAAAGUAAAGUGAGUUUUAAGGAAAACCUUAAUACUGGAUGCAAUCCAACAUCUGAAGAAGAGUUGGGGGAGUUUUCUCCUCUGAGCAUCAACCUACAGGGAGUAAAUGCUGUUAAUGAAAAGCAGUGCUGGUGGCAGAAGGCACUGUACUCCCCGUUAAUUUCUGGAUCCUGUUGUGACCCUCUCUACGCAGAUGCGAAGAAAGAAAGUGGCGAUAAUACAGGUGGGAAGGACCUUCCCUACGCUAGUUGGCAUCCUCUCGAGAUUGAGAAAACAUCUGCAUGUAACCAAGCGAAAAUUACCAUUGGAUUCAGUGGUGCGGUAACAUCCAGUUGCUUCAGGAAGAUCAUCUAUUCGAGCGACAGUUCAAGCUCUGACACUGCUUCUGAAGGAGGACACGAAUGGGCCGAUAUAUGCCGAGAGGAGCUUUUUUCUCGCACUCAGCUGUGAACGAACAUCUUUAGUUGACCCGAGUGUUAAGGAGAGAGAACUAGCCCUCAUCUGUCCGUCUCCUCUACACCCUGUAGCGCUGGACCUCUUUAGUUACCACUUUAGAUAUUUGUGUGCUUUCUUUUUUUUCUUUUUUUUUUUUUUCUUGCAGUUUAGUUAGGGUAACAAUCUCCUCAGUUUUUUCUUUUUUCCUUAGUUUUCUGACAAGCUGUUAUACUUAGUAUAGGUAGAUUAAAUUAUGUUGUCAGAUGAAGAAUGGAUGUGUUUGUAGAAAUCCUGCAUCCAGUUUGCAUACUCUCCUUUAAGAUGAUUUUUAUUUUUUCCACUUUUUUUUCUUUUACUUAGUAGUAGUUGGAUUUCCAAAUGUCGUAGAUCCUUACAGCUACUUCUGCCGUUCAGAGACUUCGGGAGUCUUUGGCAAUUAUUCUCUUAAAUUCUAGGAGAGAAAACAUGUAACACUGUAAUCAGUCAGUGCCUUUCUGAAUGCAGGAGAGUAGCAUGAAUGACUUGCCCAGUCUUCAUUUGAAAACAUAUAUUUAAACAAAAAAAGAAAAAUAUAAAAAAAAUUGAAAAAAGUAUAAGUAGAAGCAAUGAGAUUGUGCUUAGAGACUUACAGAAUACUGUGUUUUCUAUCCUAUGAUAUUUUGCUCCAGCUAACGGAGGAGAAAAUUAUUUGAUAUUCUUGCUAAUGGCAGGAGCCCAAGGUGGUUUGAAAAGUUUUUGUGCAUGGGAAAGAGAGUGCGCGCAUCACGGAUCCAUAUUUUAUUUUUUUCCAUUUCCCCAUUUACAGUUAAGUGGCAAAUUAUGUUUUUGUGACCUAUUAAAAAAACAUAAAAGAAUGAUAAAUCCUGAAUACUAGACCACCUUUUCAUAACCACAAUGUGGGUUUCUUUUGGAUCUGGGAACCAAAGGUCACAAAGUAGCAAUUGCUAUAGUGGCCCUUUUGGGUUAUUCAUAACCGAGGUUGGGAGCAUUUCGAAUGGCCACAAUCCAAGACCAUUAAGGGUCAAGUUAAGGUAGCCAUACAAGUUCCCAGAGAUGUCAAUGCUCGGCUCCACUGAGCGUGCAUGUAUUCUGAAAGGGAGAGCACGAGGCCACCAGAUGCCUCGGGAUCGGGCGUGUUGAAAUCCAACAACACGAUCCUUCUUUUCUGUAUAUGGCCGCCUUCAGAUGCUAAUGGCAUCCCAGUAUACAGACGGUAAGUGGAAAUGCUCAGCUUUUCCCAUGUACUAUGACUUGGCAUGAAAACCUUGUGCCUGUUGCCAUUUUUUUUUUUUUUUGUGUGUUCUUGUCACUGUUAUUUAGUCUUUAGUAGCGUAAAAAUGUUGUACUUGGGAAGGAUGUAAUGGGCAAGUAUGUGCGUGCAAUGGUGAAUAACAUGUUUUGGGGGUUUCUUUUUUUUUUUUCCAAGCGUGGCUGAAAUAAUGAUUGAUCCAUGUGUAAUUUGUGAAACUCUGCACAGUGUCAGUGUAAUUGUUCAGAUUUUUCAGACUCUUUGUGCUUCUAACAUUGUUACGCAGAUUGUUAAAGCACAGUAAGAGCAAUAUUUGAAAAAAACAUACAAUUUACCAAAAGCAAAACCUUAACAAUAAAAAAAGCAUGCUUAGAACACCAGGAAAUGCAAAAAGUUUUCCAUUGCUUUGGGACAAUGGCGUAACCAUAAAGGCAAUACAAAUUGUGGAUUGAACAGUAUUUGAAAUUGUGACAAAGAAAGUACGUUUGGUUUGUGUUCCCCUGUCCCCUCCCAACCCCACAUCCAUAUGAAGAACAAAAAUGAAGAAAUACUUUUAGAACAUUGAUGUCUUCUAAGGUCAGGUUUGCAGCUUGCAAAAGUGGGAACAGAACCCGAACAGAAAGUUUUGGAGUUUUUUUUUUUUUCAUGGUUUUGCUGAAAAGGUGUGAACCUGAGCUGAUGGAUUCUGUUCCCUUCUCCUUUUUGUUUUUAUAAAAAUUCAAUAUAAAAUGAUUAUACAAGUGUUAAACACAGUUUGGAUCGUCACCUUUUAACCACCUCAGCUGAGCCUGUUUCAUAUAUCACAUUGUGAUAUAACUUGGAUUUCUAGCCUCCUACCCUCCUCCUGGUGGUGCAUUUGCACCAUUUUUGACCAUAUUGCGUGUAAUAGGAUUUUUUUCUUCAGACUUGGAAUUCCUGGAGCUUCCAGAAAGGGUUAUAUAAAACCUGCACUGAAAAUAGUGACACGAAAGCCUGGCACCGUCGAUGCCAGGUGCACCUUUGAGCGCCUGCAGCAACCGAGGGCUCAGCUACAUCAAAGUCAUCAGUUGUACAUUUACCAUUGAUGCUCAUCCCGCACCUUGUCCUACAUUACAUAGCUCCUUCCCAAUAGGUAGUAAGCAGUCUGUUCUUAGCACAGUGCCGGUUCAGCUCCUUCAGAGACUGAGGUGACACUUAAGACCAAGGCAAUAAUUCAUAAUUUCUGUUUCCUCACCUUAUCUUCAUUUUGUAACUUGGAGUUAUGUAUGUUCCUUCUCCACCCUCCACCCAACCUUCAGACAUUUCUCUUUUUUUCUCUUUCUGUAAUUUUUCUUCUUUGUUUAAAGUUGGCAAAACGCUGAACGCACUGUGGUAUGAAGCGCGUUGCAUAUCCAUCGCACUGAAAAUAUGUUUCCCAUUUCCAGGCUAAGAUUCUGUUUUUACAUUUUCUUUUUCUGUGUUUUUUAUUUAUUUUUUUUGUUUUUCUUCUCCCUCAAGUGGUUGUAUUGUUCUGAUUUUUUCAUGUACACCAAGAGUAACUUUUUUGUUUUCUUGUGAACUUACUUAACACCCAAUAAAGAGACAAAAAAAAAU